AUGCCCCGUCUCGGCGGCUUCGUCGUGGCGCCACAGACGCAUAACGGCGAUGAAGUCAUGAUCACCGUCCAACGCCCCGUGAGAGAAAACCCCGAAACUCGAUGGGCCGAUACCCCCAAGGACCAUCUCAGAUCACUCUUCCGUCAAAACUCGGAGCGUUUCCCAUCCAUCGUCCGGAACGCCGUCCGUGAUAUUCCCAGUGACCAACUCCACAUUUGGCCCUUCUACCAAGUACCUCGUCUUGAGAGGUGGACGUCUGCCAAAACCCCGGGCGGCUUUGGACGAGUCACCGUUGCGUUUGAGGAUGUGUAUCUGUUUGGCCGUGUCUUAGGCCGGCUGCUCGCUUUGGGAGAUAGCGCGACCAACGAAAAGCUUCAGCGAGCCCUGUACCAGUGGCAAUCCUUCCGGCAGGCUCGCGUGGAUCAGGUGUUAGAGAUUAACAGACAGAUGGAUUUGAGGAGAAUGCCUGGCGUGGAGAAAGAAGAAGAGCUGAAAGAUAUGGGGGUCAUGUAUGAGCGGCUUUUCAGUGUCGAUUUGGAGAAGGAAGUAGAGGGAUGCUUGGAGGGCGUGUGA